AACUCACAGCCAUUUCUCUCUCUCUCUCUGAUUUCCCUCUCGCAAGUCUGAGAAUUCCGAUGGGGGCUUACCGUCAAUUUCCGGCCAUCUCAAAAUGCAACAUUGACCGGCGGUCAGACCAGACGGUGGCCGCCGAUUUAGACGGAACUCUUUUAAUUUCUCACAGCGCAUUCCCUUACUACAUGCUGGUCGCCGUCGAAGCCGGAAGCAUUUUCCGGGGACUCCUCCUUCUGAUUUCGUCGCCCUUAGUUUACUUAAUUUACAUGUUCUUGUCCGAAUCCCUGGCCAUUCAGACUUUCAUUUUCGUGGCCUUCGCCGGUUUGAAAGUCGCGGAUAUCGAAAUGGUGGCUCGCUCUGUGUUGCCCAAAUUUUACUCUGAGGAUGUUCAUCCCCAAACUUGGAAGGUCUUCAAUUCGUUCGGGAAGAGGAUUAUUGUGACGGCUAAUCCGAGGAUUAUGGUGGAACCCUUCGUGAAAACGUUUUUGGGAGCCGAUAAGGUCAUCGGAACAGAGCUGAGAGUGACGAAAUCGGGUCGGGCUACCGGGUUGGUUAAAAAACCCGGAGUUCUGGUUGGCGAUCUGAAGAAGACGGGCCUUAUUAAGGAAGUGGGCACUGAUUUGCCUGAUUUAGGGCUUGGUGAUAGAGAAACUGACCAUGAUUUCAUGUCAAUUUGCAAGGAAGGAUAUAUGGUCCCACGAUCCAAGUGUGAGCCGCUGCCGAGAAACAAACUUUUAAGCCCGAUUAUUUUCCACGACGGCCGAUUUGUGCAACGGCCGACACCACUGGCGGCGUUAUUGACCUUCUUAUGGCUGCCGAUCGGCGUGAUCCUUUCAAUUUUCAGAGUCUACACCAACAUUCCGUUGCCGGAAAGAAUCGCUUGGUACAACUACAAAUUCCUCGGAAUCAAGGUCGUUGUUAAGGGCACUCCGCCGCCGCCGCCGAAGAAAGGCCAGAGCGGCGUCCUCUUCGUCUGCAACCACCGCACUGUCCUAGAUCCGGUGAUCAUCGCGGUCGCUUUAGGUAGAAAAAUCAGCUGCGUUACGUACAGUAUAAGCAAAUUCACGGAGAUAAUUUCUCCGAUCAAGGCCGUUGCUCUGUCGAGAGAGAGAGAGAAAGAUGCGGCUCACAUUAAACGCCUUCUUGAAGAUGGCGACCUCGUGAUUUGCCCCGAAGGGACCACUUGCAGAGAGCCAUUCCUAUUACGAUUCAGUGCUCUUUUCGCGGAGCUAACAGAUAGAAUCGUCCCCGUCGCCAUUAACACGAAACAGAGUGUAUUUUACGGGACGACGGUGAAUGGACACAAAUUGCUCGAUCCGUACUUUGUGUUCAUGAAUCCGAGACCGACAUACGAAAUCACGUUUCUGAAUCAGUUGCCAGCGGAAAUGACGUGCAGCAGCGGAAGAUCAGCGAUUGAGGUGGCGAAUUACAUUCAAAAGGUACUUGGCGGAACCCUAGGAUUUGAGUGUACUAAUUUGACCAGAAAGGGGAAAUACGGCAUUCUCUCCGGAACUGACGGCCGAGUUUCCCCUGAAAAAGAAAAUGGCAAAUCAGUUAAGAAAUCUACUUAAAACCAAAACCCCAUUAUUCUCUAAUCUCUAUCGGUUCUAUUUUCCAUAAAAAGUUCAAUUAUUAGAAAAAAAAUAAAUAUAAAUGGUUUUAUGUAUAUUGUUCCUUUUCAAUAUGUAUACACAAAUUGUCCUUAUUUGUGUUGU